AUGAUGUCAACCGAAGAAGAAAUGGAAUAUCAGUCUUUUCCAUCUCCAUCAGCCGAUGCUCCAAUUUCUUCUGCUCGUCGUUGUUCAGUAGCUCGAAGACGUGGUCGUAGUUUGAAUUCUUCUGAUGUUCAAAGUCUUAACCAUACUUCUAAUCGUGCCACUUCCACACCGAAACCAACUCGUCGUAGUUCAAAUCAAUCGUCAACCAUCAAUCAAUCAUCAAUUCCCACCAACAAAAAAAAUGAAAAUGUUCCUAUUUCUCUUCUUUCAUCUAUGCCUCCAUCAAAUCCAUCUCAUCGUUCUCAAUUGCCAGUUCGACCGUUACCUUUCGACUGUCCAUCGGAUGACGAACAACAUCAAAAACACAACAUACGUAUUACAACUCGAUCGGGUAAAAUAAAAAAGGAUGCAGUUUUAUCGUACUUCACUCUACGAUCAGAUGGUCGAUACGAUUGCAAUACUUGUCAUCAGCCAUACAUGGCAUAUAAUGGAUCAGCAACUAAUCUACGUCGACAUCUCUUCAUAAAACAUGAUAUUGCUGCUGCUAUUUAUGAUUCACAAUUAUCUCAAAUGAAACAAAAACCUGCUGUAUCAAACGAUAUGUCAACACCUCUUCCAAAGAUUCGUCAAAAACAAUUAGAUAAAGCUAUUGUUGAUUGUAUCAUUGACGAUUCACUGCCAUUUACCACGUUCACGAAAUCAGGCAUGAUCAAUUUAUUAAAAACUUUUGAUCCUCGAUAUGAACCACCUAGUCGAUUUACCAUUGUCUCUCGAGUAGAUGACAUCUACCACAAAUAUGUCGAUGAAGUGAAGGUGAGUUGAUGACUACCGUUGGAAGAAUAUUAUGCAUUAACGAUUAAUAUAUAAGCUUAUCUUUUUCUUUAUACUCACUUAAAUAAUGAAGGAUUUCCAACCGUCAAAACUUUCAUGCGAUUUGAUAGGGAUUUAUUUAUUGUUUUUCAACAUUGCUAAAUAGGUAUCUAAUUGCCAGUACUAUUUAAUUGAGAUACAUAGCUACUUAAUAUCUUAGCAUAGCUAUUUCACUUAUACACCUUUAUAAAACUAAGCAGCUAUUUAAUCGCCAGUACUUCUUAAUAGAUGCUCACAGCUAUUUAAUAUUUUUCUAUGCCUAUUUAAUUUGUAUUGUUCUAUGAAACUGAAUAGCUAUUUAAUCGUCAGGAUUAUGUAAUCAAGAUAGAUGACCACUCAAUAUCUUAUCAUAGAUAUUUAAUCUCUUGUUCCAUUUAAAGUUUCUAGCAGUAGUAAAAUAAAUUUGAUAGCAAGUCAACAUAUUUUUUGUUACUGAUUUGUUGUGUCUAGUUUAUUUGAAGCACGAGGCAAGAAAAAAGUAAUUCAAUGAUUUUUAUAGCAAGUCCAUAUAUUUUUUGUUACUGCUUUGUUGUAUCUUAUUUAAUUGGAGUAUGGGGCACAAAAAAGCAACUCAAUGAAUAAAAAUUCAGCUUAUAAUGCUGCGUAAUUCAGAUAAUUCACAUUUCUUUGCUAUCUGUCAUGCAAUGUAAUAAAAAUGUGCUGCUUUUAAAAUCUGAUUUAGAGCUUUAUAAUAGUAAUACUUCAUGAACAAAGAGUUGAAAAAUCAUACGUAGGAGGCUGAAUAAAAAUAUGACAACAUAAAACGAUCGUUUUGUUUAGCUAAUUUGAUUGUGUUUGUAGCAUGAAAAUGAGCAAAGUGAAAAUUUGUUGUUAAAGUGAGGUUUAAUUAAAAGAGAAUUCGAUGAAGUAGGUGAUUAUACAUAGAAACAUUUAUGAUUUGCCAUUUUUCACUUUAACAAUUGAGUUUUGGAUAGAUAUAUUGUUUUUACGGCAGUUUAAUCUUCAAUAACAUUUAAUAAGUUUGACUUAGUUGGCCAUUUUCUAGAAAGUAUAUCAUUGCACUCAUGAUCGUACAAAAACAAUGAAUCAAUGGUAGAUAUUUAAGAAUAAACUGAUAAAACUUCUCAGAAAAAAAUUACUCUAUAAAAUAACAGAAAAAAGCUAAGAAACAUUUGAUGUCGAUAGAGACAAUGUUGAUGAUAACAAAGUUUUUUAAAGAUCUACCUCAAAAAGGAAAAUUAGAAAAUAACGUAUUCCAAAUGAUGAAGAGGGCAAAAAUUUUAAAAGAUGAACAUAUUUCAUCAGACCAAGAAAUUAACUUUCUAAAUAAUUAAUUUAUAUAUAUAAUGUUCAGUGUCUGUCUGUCUGUGCCGGGUCAAAGGUUAAAGGUCAAAGGUCAAAUAAGACUCUAAGGGAGAGAUCUCCAGGGGCUAUUUUAUGAGGGUAUCCAUAGGUCCUCAAGGGCUAUCCUACGAGGGUGCCCAUAGGUCCUCCAGGGCUAUCCUAACAGGGGACCCAUAGGUCCUCCAGGGCUAUUCUAUGAGGGUAUCCAUAGGUCCUCAAG